GCGUGUCCACUAUAUGAGCCCGAGACACGGUGACGUCAGCGCCGAAACACUCAACUAAACAAGCCAUUUUCACCUUCCUGAGCGAGGCGAGGCUCUGUCGGAGAGCUCGGCCUGCCCAACCCAUCCCAUUUUGAUAGCUACAGCCUCUGAUUAACACAGUUAGUUUUCUGUCGGCUUUUCUUCUGUCUGUGACCAAAUCUCUUUGGAAAGCAUCGCACAUGGACGAGCCCUCAACAAUGUCGGUGAAGCCGGAUGAGGAGACAGGAUCGGAGGGUGGCUGGUAUGGGGACGAUUUUGAGGAGAUUGGUCGCUUUGAGAGUACCACGGACCGGCGUGAUGACUUGGAAGAGAAGCUGCAGACGAGAGACUGGAACGACGUGUCAAGACAAGAGAAACACUUCUCCAGCCAUCCCGAAAGCGACCGGCAACCGCUCCCUGUUGUCAUGGAAACUGCUUCCACAGUUGAAUCUGAUUCAAACUUCCAAAAGAAAUCCACUAAUGACAGAGAUGACCUGUACACCUCUCUCAUGUCCAGUCAAACCUAUGCCUCACAAGAAGAUACCUCCUACUUUUCUGGCAACCUGUGCAAAGCUGGAGAAAAACAAACACCACGUACGGAUGACUUCAUCUCUGGAUCCCCUUCCCUGAUGUUGACCUCGGAUUCAGGUAUUGAGAUGACCUCCAGUGGAGACCUGAGUGAAUGCUCCCACAAGAUACAUGACUCUGAAAAAGCUUUUGACUCUUCUUACAACUACAUGGACAUCAGUCGCAGAGACGACUCCGGUAGCUCGCAGUGCCCCCUGGAGGACUGGAGGAUGAGCGUUCUCUCAGAGCCCAACCAGAGCACCAACUUCGAGAAGAGUCCAUCACCCGUAGAAGUAGAUGUGGAGGACCUUGGCUCUGAUGGACUUCUGGAUUCUCAGACCUUCCCAUAUGUGGAGGAACCAUCUGAUGAAGAACUGUCUGACUACCAGCCCUACCGGUCUCCAGGUAGCAGUGCCAGUCCAGUGAAGAUCACCCUGACAGAAACGCCACCUACAUCUGUAUCACCUACCACAGUCCAGCACAGCCCAACAGUUACAGUGUCAGAGAAAGAGAGCAUCCUGAGUUUGGGGCUAGAGGGAGUGCCAACUGUCACACUCUCAGAACCAGAGGACGAUAGUCUUGAGUCAUCUACACCCCCUCUCACAGAAGAAGAGUCUGACUCUCCAUCAGAUCCAAAUGUCCAGGCUCCUGAAGCAAAUAUAAUGAGCUCCACCAAGGACAAAACUCAAGUGUCACUCACCUCACCCUCUACGCCUGCCUCCAAACAAGACAGUUCUCCAGUUGAGAUGAAGACAUCCUCCCCAAAACCCUCCAGCUCCCCUGCCUUCCCUCCUUCCUCCCAGGACAUCGAGGGUAGUGGUGCAGAAUCUGGUGACUCAGAGAUUGAGCUAGUGUCUGAGGACAUUAGUCCACAAGCUCCCAGUUCUGGGUACUUGAGCUUCAGUAAGAGUCCCAACACCACUCAAAAAGCCACAUCACCACCCAAACUGCCCAUCCAGUCUGCUGCGACUGUGUCUGCUACUACUUCUGGCUCUAGCCCUGCCAUGCAGUAUAGCAUCUUGAGGGAGGAACGUGAGGCAGAGCUUGACAGUGAACUGGCACUGGAGUCCUAUGGAGAGGAAAGUCCCAAAAGACUGAGCCACGACUUCAUCUCCAGCACUGCAAAGGGCCUCAAAGAGGACUCGCAGACAGUAAAAACACCUACAGCACCCACUCCUGCAACUACAGCACCCCUUGUGACUCCCACACCUUCUCCUGUUGCUGCUGCCCCUACCAGUGCUUCUAAACAGAAGGCAUUCAGCAUGGAGGAGAAGCCCAAGCCCAGCACAAUGACCCCUGUCCCAAGCCUGAGCCUGCCAGAGCUGAAGGUGGAGCAUCCUCUUGGGGAGGUGCACAAAGGAGAGGGGAGACGGUCCAGUCAAGCCCGCAGGGGAUCGGACAGACAGACUGCACCACCUGCCAUCUUCCAGGGUUUAAUCAGAGAGAAAGUAAUGGAUUUGCUGUACUGGCGGGACCUGAAGCAGAGUGGGCUGGUGUUUGGCAGUAUACUGCUGCUGCUGUUCUCUCUUACGCAGUUCAGUGUGGUCAGUGUGGUGGCCUAUCUGGCCCUGGCUGCCCUAUCUGCCACCAUCAGCUUCAGAGUCUACAAGUCUGUGCUACAGGCUGUGCAGAAGACAGAUGAAGGACAUCCCUUCAAGGCAUAUCUGGAUGUGGAAAUGUCACUGUCACAUGAUCAGAUGCAGAGGUAUGCAGAAAACGCCCAAUACUAUAUCAAUAGCACACUGAAAGAACUGCGCAGACUGUUCUUGGUUCAGGAUCUGGUGGACACACUAAAGUUUGCAGUGCUGAUGUGGUUGCUGACCUAUGUGGGAGCCAUCUUCAAUGGUCUCACUCUUUUUAUAAUGGUGGUGGUGUCCAUGUUCUCCAUGCCUGUUGUCUACAAGAAAUACCAGGCACAGAUUGACCAGUAUCUGGACCUAAUAAGAACCCAAGUCAACUCUGUGGUGGGAAAGAUUCAGGAGAAGAUUCCUGGGGCCAAACGAAAGGCUGAGUAGGGUCAACACUGCCCCUGGAAGAGGUAGUGAGCCCCUGACAACCCUACUACAAAGAGAGCUGAGAGAUGUUCAAGGGUUCCUCUUUUUACACACACACUCAGACACUAGACACACAUAAACAUCACUGAAAACAUUGUUCUACUCUGUAUAGAUUGUGACGUCUUGAGCAACGGCCAAGCUGUGCAGGAGAAGUCCCAUCCUCGCCUUGUAACCAUAUAAAAAAAUAAAGCAAAGCGUGCUAUGUCUCAAAUCAGGCUCUAGUUAGAAGUACAACUUAUUGAUGAAUUGUAGAAGUAAUGUUGACACAUAUUAUUCAAAACUGGUUAAAGACUAGAUGUAAUUUUUCUGUUGUGUUGCUCAUAAAGUGCAUGAAGUCAAGAGUCUUAAGUGCUGAUGAAUUCUCUUUUUCUCUUAUUUUCUGUGCUUUCUCAGCUGUGCUGAAAAUGUUUUUUCUCUGUAGUAUGUGAAGGAUCUCUCCAGCUUUAUUGCUCUCCUGUGACACUCUCUUCUUGGAAAAAAAAAAGAUUUUUGUUUCCUAGGCGCUGGGUGGGGCUUUUCCUUUUUCAUCACUAUUCCUGUAAACAUGAUUAACAUAAUCGUCAUUGUCAGCUAGACGCUUGGAUUUGCUGCGUUUUCUGGUAUUUGUAACAUUGGGCACAAACGCAACUAUUUAGCAUUGCUCUGAUUAGAUAUGGUCAGCUCACGCAUAGCAUUUGGUUUCUUUUCUUGUAGGACUUAUUAAAGGAGCUACAGAGAUGUUUUGAGUGCUGUCAUUGAUCUUCUUUUUGAAAAUGAUACAAAACAAAAGAGAGAGAGGAGAAGAAAGCUGAAGUGAGUGAUUGCCAGCUAGAAUCUGUCAAUCUUUGUACAAUGUUAAGUAUUGUUCAUUCUCUUAGCCAUUGACUCUUAACUAUUUGCACUUAAGAUGUACUCAAUAAUGAAUGCGAAAAUAAAUGUUCUUAAAUGUA